CAUUAGUUCUUUAUUAGAGUUAGUUGUGAUUGGUUGUCAGUCGUGGGGGUUUAUAGUUGUUGUUAUUGGAAAGAUUGGCUUUGUUUUUUGUUUAUAAAAAUUUAAAUAUAAAAUGAAGAAAGUAUAUUUAAAACUUGUGUUGGUCUUAUUCAUAAGUUUAUUGGAAGCACGGACACUCAUUGAGCAAGUGGAUGAUACAGAUUUAGUACAUUUGCUUACCGGUGAAGAUAAUGUUGUCGUGUUGUUUACCAAGAACAAUUGCCCGGCUUGUGACGAACUCGAGACUGUUCUUGAAAAUGUACAGAAGGAAUUGAAAGAUGUUAUUGGAGCUGUUGUAGUCAAGGCUCAUAAUAGUCAUAUGGUAAAUCUCUACGAUCCAUCAAAAGAACCUGCUUUAAUAUACUUCCGACGUGGUAUGCCACUACUCUAUUAUGGUGAACCUAAUGCUGAAGAAAUCGUACAAAUGUUCAGUGAAAAUAGAGAACCCGUUGUUAAGGAAUUGUCCGAUGUUAAUUUCGAACAUUUAACUCAAGCGGCAACAGGUGCAACCACUGGGGAUUGGUUUGUAUUUUUUUAUUCAGCAGAUUGUGUUUUCUGUUUACGUCUUCAUGCUACCUGGGAAGCAGUUGGAGCACGUCUUAAGCAUCGCUUGAAUGUGGCUAGGAUUGAUAGAUUAGGAGCCGGUAUUGCCACUGCUAAGCGUUUCGGCAUAGUCGAAUCGCCGGAAUUUGUAUUUCUACGUCAAGGUAAAGUCUACCGUUACAAAACCAAAGAAUACAACGCUAAUAAGUUAAUUGAAUUCGUUGAAAAGGAUUAUCUUAAACAAACUAAUCCCGAAAGUGUUCCACCCGAAAACAAUGGACUGAAUUCUUUUCUUAGCGAUUCUAUUGACUCCCUAAUGAAGAGCUCUCAACUUGUUAUGUUAUCCAUGGCGGUUUUGUUAACAAUUAUUUUGGGAUGUAUUGUUAAGUGCUUAUCUUCGAAAAGAACAACAGUAGAAAAUACGAGCAAAGCUAAGAAAGCUAAAUAGUUUAAAGGUAUACUAAAUAUAUAUAUGAAGUACAUCACAAAACGGACAAACCAGUUAACUCACGUUUUUAUUAACAGAAACAUGCAAACGGUUACAUUUUUUUGAUUUUCAGUUAUAAAUAAUUGAUUUUCAGUUAUAAAUAAAAUUAAUAUAUACAUAUAGUAUAUUGUUUAAUAUGUUUUAUAGAAA